AUGUCAACGCGCUAUAUUGUAGACGAACGAGUCGUCGAAGAACCUGACAUCGCCACCAGUAAACAGGCCCUCGACCUCUAUAAACGCAAGAACGCCACGAAAGUCGCAAUCCUUUUCAAAGCCAUAGGAAACGCGCCCGUGAUGCUCAACAACGAAUAUAAGAUCACGGCGUCGAAUCCGUUCCAAGCCAUUGUCAUCUUCCUCAGGAAGCACAUCGGGUGGCGAGCGGGUGAUCCGUUGUUCACAUAUAUUAAUCAGUCUUUUGCGCCCGCUCCGGACGACAAUGUGGGUAAUCUAUAUCGAGCAUUCUCAGCAAAUGGGAAACUGAUAGUCAACUACAGCACAGUGGCAGCUUGGGGUUGA